AUGACUGGACUACUUCAGCUGUUGUUACUGGUCAGCAUGACCGUUGCUUCCGAGCCAUCGUGUCCAGCAUGCUCCAAAUACGACUACGAGGAAAAGGUGCUCGAGAGAAUGAUCCGCAUGGAGUUCGCUUUUGAGAAAGUGUUAAAGGAAAACAAGGCUGUAAGCAAAACUGUUGAGCAAGACCUAACGCGGAUCAAGGAAGAAAACGAACGUUUGCACGCGACCGUUGAUGCCCUAAAGGAUCAACAGGAGCAAGCGGAACGUAAACUGGUUUCGCUCAUGGAGGAAGUUGAGAGAAACCAGUCCAGCACACUGGAGAAAAUAGUUUCCGAUUCUAACACUACGUUAGAACAAACUAUUGCCGCCUUCAAUGAUAUAAAAGACCAAAUCGCUACUCAACUGGUGUACUUCCACGCCCGCUCUCCAAAGACCAGCAGCCUGUCCACAGGUGAGGUGAUAGUGUACAAGACAGUGGAGACCAACCAGGGCAACGGCUACAGCACCACCACGGGCAAGUUCACCGCUCCCGUACGGGGACUCUACUUGUUCUUCAUGCACACGUGUACGCCUACAAAUAAAUAUACUUAUCUCCAGAUAUUGAAGGAAGGUUCAGUCCUAAUUGCAAGUGAACAUUUUGACAAGGACUAUUCUACCUGUUCUAGUAGUCAGGCAUUUGUUCAGCUUGAUGCCGGAGAAACCGUAUGGGUACAAUGUUCCACUAGUUCACACCUAUAUGAGGGUCUUCCUUACCGUUGGACCAGUUUUGGUGGUGCUCUCAUUCACAACUAA